AUGGCGUCUUCUUCUGUUGCCCAGCCUGCCAGCUAUGGCAUCACGGAUGCGGAGCCCAACAUGUCUCAUAGCAAUAGCAUGGUGCAGCCAUUGCCGCCAGUGCGCGAUUUCAAACUGUCUAACUUCAAACUCGUCAGAACUCUCGGCACAGGCACCUUUGCGCGAGUCUGCCUUGUUCGGCCGGCCGAUGCAACCGUGGCGCUCGACCGGCAAGAUGACCCCGAGGUGUACGCGCUGAAAAUCCUCCGAAAGACAGAAGUUAUCAAGCUGAAGCAGAUCGACCAUGUGCGUCACGAGCGUGCAGUCCUUGCUGACGUCGCCGGCCACCCUUUCAUCACGAACCUAAUCGCCUCGUUUGCCGAUACCGACUCCCUUUAUAUGCUUCUCGACUAUGUGCCUGGUGGUGAGCUCUUCAGUUACCUCAGAAAAUUUCGUCGCUUCGACGAACCGGUCGCCCGAUUUUACGCCGCGGAGAUCGUUCUAGUGCUCGAAUACCUCCACGAGCAGCAGGGCGGCGUGGCUUACAGGGAUCUCAAGCCUGAGAAUUUACUUCUCGAUAGGGACGGCCAUAUAAAGCUUGUUGAUUUCGGGUUCGCCAAAAGGCUCGGGCAUCAUGAUGACCGACCUGUAGAAACGUAUACGCUCUGCGGAACACCGGAGUACUUGGCACCGGAGGUGAUACAUAACAAGGGACACACCACAGCCGUGGACUGGUGGGCGCUCGGCAUUCUACUGUACGAGUUUCUCACGGGCUAUCCUCCAUUUUGGCACCAGAAUCCGCUAGAGAUCUACAAACAGAUCGUAGAGAAACCUAUCACCUUCCCAGCAGACGCGCCGAUUUCCCAUCAGGCCAGGGACAUUAUCUGCUCUUUCUGCACGGUCGAUCGCUCGCGAAGACUGGGAAACAUUAGCGGUGGAGCAGGCCGGGUCAAGUCGCACCCAUUCUUCCAGGAUCUCAACUGGGAUGAUAUAUUGCAUCGACGGACUUCAGGACCCAUCAUACCGCCCGUCCGAUACCCUGGCGACGCUCAGUGUUUUGACAUAUAUCCGGAGGACGAUGGAAAGCGGGACGCCUAUACGUUAGAAAUGGCUCAGCAGUAUGACCAGUACUUCAGAGACUUCUAG